AUGAGAAGACAAAGUCAGUUCAAGAUAGAAUUUAGCCCUAAAGAAUGGAAGAGAGAGAUUCCUUCCAUAUUCGAUUGCUACUUUUCAGGAAUUUCAAGACUGAUGGACCGACGAUCUCUUCUUUUACUAGAAAGGAGAGAAAUUUAUAUAUAUAACUGGAUUUCUGUAGACUGUAGACUGCUUCAAAAACACUGAGAGAUUCAUUUCACUUUUUGCGUUAUUCAACAGUCACUGAUUCUGGCCAUUUUGAUCGGAGUUUGAAUCAUUCCGGGAACGACCUUGAUUCAGGAGUAUCUUAUUUGAUUUUGAACCAAUUCAAUUCUUGAAGAGAAUGAAUUAAUUUUUCUUAAACUUUUUGAGAUUAGUGUAUCAAAUUCCGAUGGAACUUGGCCUGUGACUUUGAUGUAAUAUGAAACUGAUCCUAAUACGUAAAGAAGAUGUAUCUUUACAUUGGUCGCGAGGCUUCAAAGGUUCGUAGUUUACAGUUAUUCUUCUAUGUAUUCCGGGAUUUGUAUAUAUGUUUUUGUUGUUAAUUUCCUCGUGUUUCAAUCAGCUGUGGAAGAGACUUUGUGCAGAAACUGCCACUGAGUUCAACCUUCUUCUCCACAACUGGAAGUAUCUUCUCGCCGGAAUCUUCUUCCAGUACAUUCAUGGGGUUGCUGCUAGAGGAGUCCACUAUUUUCAUCGGCCAGGACCAAUUCUUCAGGAUGUUGGUUUUUAUCUUCUUCCGGAACUUGGACUGGACAAAGCUUAUAUAAGUGAGACUGUAUUCACUUCUAUCUUUGUCUCCUUUUUCCUGUGGACUUUUCACCCAUUCAUCUUCAAGAGCAAGAAGAUCUAUACAGUUCUUAUAUGGUGCAGAGUUCUUGCCUUUUUGGUGGCUUGUCAAAUACUUCGAAUAUUGACGUUCUAUUCCACGCAGCUCCCGGGGCCUAAUUAUCAUUGCCGUAUGGGUUCAGAGCUUGCUACGCUCCCUCCUCCGAAUAAUCCUUUAGAAGUUUUCAUUAUAAUUCCUGGAAGUAUAUUAUAUGGAUGCGGUGAUUUGAUAUUCUCAUCACAUAUGAUCUUCACUCUUGUGUUUGUGCACACAUAUCAUAAAUACGGAACGAGAAGGUUUAUUAAGUAUUGUGCCUGGUUAGCCGCUGUGAUUCAAAGUUUAUUGAUUAUAGCAUCCCGUAAACAUUAUACUGUUGAUGUCGUCGUGGCUUGGUAUACAGUUAAUUUGAUGAUAUUCUUUUUAGACCAUACAUUGCCAGAACUGUCUGAUCGAACCGGAGCUGCAGCAUUCUUACUGCCGGUUAACAAAGAUAACAAGGAUAAAGAAGAGAAUCACAAGCUUCUUAAUGGAAGCUCUGGAGAAUCUUUGGAUAGGAGAUCGAGAAAUAUAGUUAAUAGUAAGAUUGUUGAAGAUGGAAACACGGGUCAUGGCGAUAUGGGGGAUGAAUGACGACAAAUAAGCUAAGGUAAUUAAUUUUCGAUUAGCCAAUUGUCUCGGGUUCUUCAUUAGAUUUAUAGCCUUAGGAGUAGUAGUAUGUAGUAAACUUUUGGAAUUUUGAGCUUCUUUCUAUUA